UUGAAUAUAAAAUCUGGUAGGAGAUCUGCCAGAGAACAACGAGUAGGCUAAUUUUUCUCCCGAAACGGAGUCGUAAGAAAAUUUCCGGCGAGGCUGCACUAUCACGACGAACGAGGAUGAACAGCCUUCGUCGGAGUGGCAACAAGAACAGCCGGAAAGAAGGCGAAAGCAUCCCGGCGAUUGAGGAAGUGAAAACAAAGAGAUUCGAAAGGCGAUUGGUGAAGUUCCAGGAGCUACCGGAGUACUUACAAGACAGCGAGUUCAUCCUUGACUAUUACCGCUCCGAAUGGCCCGUGAAGGAGGCCUUGUGGAGCAUCUUCGCAUGGCACAACGAAACCCUAAACGUUUGGACGCAUCUAUUGGGAUUUCUGAUAUUCGCAGCGAUGGCAGUGAUAAGCACGACGGCGCAGCUCGGGCUCGGAGAUUUACUCCGGAAUUUGCUAAGGUGGACCACCAGAGCACCGGCGGCGCUUGGGUUGUUGACGACGGCGAAAGUGAUGAACGGCGCUAACAAUGAUCCAUUCGUGGAUAUGCAUUUAUCUGGUGUAGAAACAAUUCCUCGAUGGCCAUGGUUCGUUUUCUUAGCUGGAGGAAUGGGCUGCCUGGCAUGCAGUUCUCUUUCUCAUCUUCUCGCCUGCCACUCCAAAGGCUUUAACCUAUUUUUCCGGCGUCUAGAUUAUGCUGGCAUUUCUCUUAUGAUUGUGGGUUCCUUCUUUGCUCCAAUUUACUAUGCCUUUUACUGCAAUCCUUACGCAAGGUUAUUCUAUUUGACGUCAAUAUCUGUGCUUGGAGUCCUCGCCAUUAUUACCAUUCUUGCACCUUCACUGUCCACACCUCAGUUCCGACCCCUCAGGGCCUACUUAUUUCUCUGCAUGGGCUUUUCAGGUGUGAUUCCCGCAGCUCAUGCUGUUGCCCUGCAUUGGGGCCAGUCACAUAUAUUUGUUGCAGUUGGAUACGAGCUUGCUAUGGCCAUUCUAUAUGCCGCAGGAGCUGGAUUUUAUGUUGCCAGAAUACCAGAGCGAUGGAAGCCUGGAGCAUUUGAUAUUGCAGGGCACAGCCAUCAAAUUUUUCAUGUUUUUGUUGUUCUUGGGGCACUUGCUCAUAGUGUUGCUACACUAGUCAUAUUGGAUUUCCUAUUGGAAUCACCGACUUGUGCAUUUUAGCCAAUUCACAAUUUGCUGACUGUUAAAACUAUUGCAAGCGAAAUAUUUUGGAUUAUACUGUCUGUUGUCCCAUUGCAAGAAUUGUGCAAUAUAAUUCUAGGUAAUUUACAGAGAUGAGAGUGGCAGGUAAACUUACCCUUUUAAUUCCUCAGCAGAAUAGCAGGUA